GACAGCAGAGGGAAGAGCUUAGUUGGUAUAAGAUUUCUGCCUGGUUUUGUGAUGUAUUUGGUCAAAUUAAAAAAUGUUGUCAAGAUCAGUUCUAGUUUAAAAUAAACUUGGUACUGGCUUGGUACUGGCGCUCUAAUCUUUUGGGUUUUUCCAGUAAAAAGGAAUUUGUGCCAGGCCUUAGUAGAGUGGAGUUCAGAUGCAAAAACAGGGUUGUUUGUUAACCUGUUAAUAAAACCAAAUAAGACAUGAGCAUGGUUAAUAUUUUUGCUGACAAUCUCAGAGAAGAAAGACUAUCUUGUAUUUUUCAGUUGUAAGCUAUAUUUGUGACGUCUCUCUUUAUAGAUGGGGUCCAUACAUUUGGCAUCUGCGUUCAGCUUUUAAACACACAUUUUCACACACAGUUUUCUCAUAGUGUCUCUUUAGCAAAGUGAGUCAUUGGAAAUUAUGCUAGAGUAACAGAAAAGUGUUCGGAUAAUAGAGUAACAUCAUUUACAGACAAAGUACAGACAGGGUUUUAAGAGAUGAAAGAGGAGGACAUGAAGGCAGCAACCUGCUACCCUUUAGUUAUUUUAAACGGGGGCUCCCCCUUGCGGACAAGCAGUACAUUACAAGAGGUAAACCAGUGAUUUUCUUUGUUUACUGCUACAGUAGUUUGUGGACGGAUUAUGAGUGGAAGGGAAACUGUUGUUGUCACAGGGUUUGGACCCUUCAGACAGUUUUUGGUGAACCCCAGCUGGACAGCAGCCCAGGGAUUAAAGCUGGCCGGGUUGGGAGACAGCAUCGACGUUUACAUCAAGGAGCUGCCAGUUAGUUACAAGACAACUCAGGAGAUUAUUGCUAAACUCUGGCAGACUCUUAAACCAAAGUUUGCUGUUCACCUGGGCAUUGCAAGAGCCUCCAGUGUUAUUAUUUUGGAGCAAACUGGUAAGAACAGUGGAUACUCGGACAGAGAUGUAUGCGGCUUCUUCCCUCCAGAUUACCGCUGCAUUGAAGGUGGGCCGGAAAAACUAGACUCUGUUGUCAAUGUGAGGGCCAUCUCUAAGCACUACAAGCAAGCAGGGAUGGAUGUCAUUUAUUCAAGAGACGCUGGCAGAUACCUGUGCGAUUUUGCCUAUUACUGCUCUCUGUAUCACGGUGAGCGCAGAGCUGCCUUCAUCCAUGUUCCCUCAUCUGGGAGUUUAGCCUCAGCCAAGAGACUUUUACCUCUACUGCGAGAAAUCAUCGUCAAAAUGCUCAAACAACUGGAAGAUCACUAACAUCAACCCCUGAACUUUUACUAUUCAACUUAUGGUCAUGUUGCAACAGCAAAAGUUUGACAAUUUCACUGAGUUUUGAAACGACUGGUCCCAACAAAAAGCUUCUGUUAACUUUAGUUUUGAAGUUUUGCUACGUGGUCUCAGUUAGAUUAG